UUCCACCAAAUUAGUGAGAAACCAACAUCCACAAAAAUGUUGAGCGAAUCAUUGAAGAACAAGUACCAGCCAUGCGAAGAGAUCGGCCGAGGCCGUUUCGGCGUCAUCUCUCGUGCCUUUUGUCCCAUCACCCAAUCAUCCUUCGCCUGCAAAACCAUCGACAAACGCCUCCUCUCCGACCCCACCGACCGUGAAUGCCUGGAAAACGAGCCCAAGAUCAUGACCCUUUUGUCUCCCCAUCCCAACAUUGUCAAAAUCCACGACUUGUUCGAAUCGGAAACCACCGUCCAACUCAUCCUCGACCUCUGUCAGCCGGUCACCCUAUACGACCAGAUCCUCCAACGCGAUCUGUCCGAACGCAAGGCCGCUUCUUACACUCAACAGCUCAUGUUGGGUCUGGCUCAUUGUCACAGGUACGGCGUCGUUCACAGGGAUAUCAAACCCGAUAACCUUUUUUUCGACUUCAGGGGGAAUUUAAAGAUUGGCGAUUUCGGUUCCGCCACAUGUUUGGGGGAACUCGGCACCUCCCAUGGAUUGGUGGGUACGCCGUAUUACGUCGCGCCGGAGGUCGUCAUGGGUAGGCCUUAUAACGAGAAGGUCGAUGUUUGGAGCGCCGGCGUCGUUUUGUAUGUCAUGUUGGCCGGCGUUCCUCCGUUUUACGGCGAAACGGCCGAGGAGAUUUUCGAAGCAGUUUUGAGAGGGAACUUGAGGUUCCCUUCGAGGAUUUUCAGGUCGAUCUCUGCCGAAGCUAAAGACUUGUUGAGGAAGAUGAUUUGCAGAGACGUUUCCAGGAGAUUAUCUGCAGAACAAGUCCUGAGGCACCCAUGGAUCUUGAAUGGAGGAGAAACAAUUUCAAUGGAUUGAAAAGAGCAGGGAAUUAUCAUCAGUCAAAAGAAUACCAUAA